ACCCCUAAUUUAAUUGAACAUAACAAGAAAACAUUUACCACCAAUAGAAGAAUUCAAUUCAAACGUUUUUUGGCUCUCUAUUUUGCAGAGACAAGCCACCGAAUCACACGCAGCAGUUUAUCCGCAAAAAUGAAAAACCAUAAUUGAGAUUGCUGUCCCACCCCAAACAACGAAAUACCGAAACUGCCACCAGGCAAUCUCCAAAAUACCGACAGGUCGGCAAACUGGAAUUCGGUUGGAAAUCCCCAGAAGAAGGGGCAAUAUAGGGAAUCAACAAAAACUUAUUAUUAUUUAUUUGUUUUAUUCUAACUUAUUCUUCCUGGCUUGCUUGCCCCAUCAAAUCCAAUCUCAAUCACUACGAUGGGAACUUCUCCUUAGCUUCAUCCGUAAUAUAAAGAGUACCAAUCCGAGUUCUCCGCCGCCUCAUCGAUCGGAGUUUCUAUCCCUCGCCGGCGGACGGUAACCCUAACUCAGGUCGAGGAACUGCUCUGCGGUUCAUCGUCAGAGAUUGACCCGGCUUCUCGUUCGGGUUGACUGGAAGAGAAUGGAGGGAAGGAGAUGGUUCUUGGUGGGAAUGUUGAUAGCUCUACUUGCGUCUACGUCUUGUGGCAGAGAGCUGAAGAUAAGGGAAUACGGUGACGAGGGGGAUGAUCGGUCUCUGGUUUACAAUCACACCCUCGCCAUGACGUUGGUGGAGUAUGCUUCCGCAGUGUAUGUCUCAGACAUGACUGAGCUAUUUACUUGGACAUGUUCAAGAUGCAAUGGCUUAACAAAGGGCUUUCAGGUUGUGGAGCUGAUCUUUGAUGUGCAACACUGCUUAGAGGCAUAUGUUGGAGUUGCUCAGGAUCUUAAUGCUAUAGUUAUUGCCUUCCGAGGAACUCAGGAACACAGCUUACAGAAUUGGAUUUCAGACCUCUUCUGGAAACAGCUUGAUUUAGAUUAUCCUGGAAUGCCUGAUGCAAUGGUGCAUCAUGGAUUCUAUUCUGCAUAUCACAACACAACUAUACGGUCUGGAAUUCUGAAUGCCAUUAAAAAAGCAAAGCAGUAUUAUGGGAAGCUUGACAUCAUGUUGACCGGACAUUCUAUGGGUGGAGCCAUUGCUGCGUUCUGUGCACUUGAUCUAGUAGUCAACUGUGAAGCCGAGAAUGUCCAGUUGAUGACGUUUGGACAACCCCGUGUAGGCAAUGCAGUUUUUGCAACCUACUACAAGGAGCUUGUGCCUAAUGCAAUCAGAGUCGUAAAUGAACGUGAUAUUGUACCUCAUUUGCCCCCAUAUUAUUCUAUAUUCCCAACGAAGACAUAUCAUCACUUUUCCAGAGAGGUGUGGCUUUAUAACCUUGGAUUGGGAAGUCUUGUUUAUACAGUCGAGAAGGUUUGUGAUGACUCCGGUGAAGAUCCUACUUGUAGCAGAUCGGUGUUGUGGACUAGUAUUUCAGACCAUUUGUCAUACUAUGGCGUCGAUUUGUGUGGAGACGUAGACUUGUCUUGUGGAAUUGUGAUGGCGCCUGCUCUGAAGGAGUUUAGCACGACAGAUCUGAAGGGCAACUUCGUACUUUCAAGAGUUCCUGCCUCCUCUAUACUGAAGAUGAAAACCGAAGAAACCGUGACACACAAUCAUUCCUUGUAGCUUUCGACAAUGGCCGAUUGUGGUUUCUCUCCUGAGGUAAGUGUAGUGUUUAGUCGCUUGUUACUUGGUGAAGAAGGAAUUUGUAAUCUUGUAUAUAGAUUAUGCUUAUAGUAGGAAAAUACAUGUCCCAGUCCCACUCUCCCUAGCCAAAACUUGGGAAAUAGCCUUAGUAAUUAGUAAUUACAUAUAUGUGUACAGUUUGUAAUCUGACGUUAUUAAACCCUAUUCUCUUCAUUGGUCUAUUCGAUGUGAAUUUGCAUAAGCUGUAAUCACUUACUGUUCAAACCUCUAAUCCAUUCCUUCAUUCGAAAUAUUCAACAAUGAACCGUGCUAACUGUAGAUCUUAAGAAGCGGAACGAGAUAUUUCGUGCUUAUCGACUUCUGAUUGAAAAUGUCGAUUGUUGCCUGCAUUCGAGCUGUAGAAUCAAAUAAUUCAGGAGUCAAAAGCGUCCUGCAUUCGAGCUGUAGAAUCAAAUAAUUCAGGAGUCAAAAGCGUCUUAAGAAUCAUCGACGUAAAUGGUGAAAUACUCUAGUGCAUAGUUAACUAGUUAAGGGUUUGAUAAGGUGGCCAUAGGAAACAAAGAUCAAUCAAGCACAUUGGCACUGGGAAAAAAAAUGAUAUGAUCGUCAUUGGAAAUUGAAUUCAUCAAUCAAUUCAACAUAAACAAUCAAAAUUGAC